AUGUCAAUCAGCCCGUUCAACUCAGCCAUCCGCACCGAGGUGACGCUCUCCUCCAGGGUGGGAAAGCUGGUCGAAGAGCUCAAAAACCGCUACCCCGACAUCACCUCCACCUCCCUCCAAUCCCUCAGCUGGUCAAUCGAGCAUCUGAUGACCGCAGCCGUGAGCAUGAUGUGCCCCGGUCCAGCUGGCGUGACAACAAUCUUUGAAUCAGACCGCGUCCGCCAUGACUUCGACCGCUUUACCGAGUGGCUCAAGGCAACCAAUCUCGAAAACCCCAACAAAUGGACCAACUACAGUCCUAUCCCCUACCACCUCCGCCCUCUUUCGAUCCUCGCUCCCACAGAGCCCAUCAAGGAGUCUACCACUCAACGCACACCCGAGGCCAAUGCCAGUAGACUUAUUCUGCGCUCCCAGAUGUGGGACCUCCAGCGCCAGAUGUUCCAGGUGAUGGACGUCCUCGUCGUCCUUGCGCAGGGCGCCGAAGAAAACAAGGGCGAAGACUACAUGGUCAACAUGUGUAGUUCUGAGCUCGCCCCGGCGCUGCGUCAGGUCACCGCUUCAAUCAAGUUACUCUGGCAGGAGGCCGAACUCGCCUGGCGAUUUUCACCAGUCGAGGACAACACCGAGAGCCCGGAGACCGACUCCACCAGCGACGCUGAAACCGUCUCCCUGCCUGACUUGACCCCGCCCGAAGACCUCUCAGAGACACAAGCUGACGGUGUAAACAACUCGGACUCUGACUCAGUCGAGAUGUUCACCUCCGACAGCCACGGCAACGGAGCCCCCUGGACCGACCUCGCCGCCACCAUCAUGCACGAGGACGCCAGCCCGGCCGGCCGCAAGCGCGCACGCAACAAGGGCGCCUCGCUACGCCACGAACUCACAACGCACCUGAGCGUCCUCUCCGGCCACCGGCUCCUGACCUUCGUCCGGGCCGUGAACGACUCGCGCUUCCACGCCGUGGUCCUCGCGCACCUCGACCGGAUCCACGACGCCGUCAAGCCCAUUGUGCAGGUCGAGCUGUCGGUGAUGUUGCGGUAUAUCCUGCAGGAGCGCGGGAUCGAGUACCUCGAGCACCUAAUUCCGAACGCGGAGCGCGAGAUUCGCUAUGACCGGGACAUGAACGGCGUUGAGAACCGCGCUUGGACUACGGAGUUGUUUGUCUCUGGCCAUGCGGACCGCGCGCACUGGGCGAAUAAGACGUUUUGUGUCCUGCGGCAGCAUUUCCGCGCUCUGGGGAUCUGGCGUGAUUAG